GCGGCGACGCUGGCCCCGUGCAAUGGCACUUUGGGCAGCGUCACCUGCACUGCUGGCAUCUGCACGCGCGGCUGCCGCAGGUGGCACUGGGCAGGCCGAUUUCUUGAAGGUUCUUCGUCGCAAGCGUGCGAGCCUUGAAGAGGCAACGUCAGCAGCCGAAGGGUUGCGGGCUGCAGGCCAUUUGAGUGGCGUUCGUGGCUACUCCUCAGCCAUAGUGGCCUCUAGCCGAGGUCGAAAAUGGUCCGUGGCCGUGGAACUCUUCGAGGAAAUGCUGGAGCGCGGCUUGAGACCCACGGCGUCCGCCUUCACUGCCUUGCGAGAAGCUUGUGAGGAAGGCGGGCAAGCGGCCUUGGCCGCUCGCGUCCUGGCAGCACAGGGCGCCGAGGCGCCGGCUUCGGCGAAGCCGGCGCCGGCUUCAAAGCGGGCGCAGGCAUCACCAAGCACCUCGCAAGUGCUCUAUUCUAAGGGUGCCCUUUGCACACGGCUUCGAGAGAAAGAUGCAUCCCCUGAGAGGCUUUCGGAAGCGACAGAGCUGUUGCGCUCUGGGGGCCACUUUGAGGAGACUCUCAGCUACACCACAGCGCUGCGGAAUUGUGAACACGGGCAUCACUGGGACUUGGCUCUGAGCUUGCUGGGCGAGAUGCGUGAGCGAACGGUGGAGCAGGAUGUCGUCACUUACAACGUGGCCGUUGCUGCCUGUGGUCGAGGGCAGCAAUGGGAGCGGUCCUUGGCUUUGCUCGAGACCAUGUCUGCAGUGGACAUUCCUCCAGACUUCGAGACCUACCAGGCAGCCUCUUUGGCUUGCAGCCGCAACGGUGAAUGGGAGCAGGCCCUGACCUUCCUUGAAAUCGCCCAAGCGAUGAGAGUGGCGAAUGCCGAAUCGUGGCACAUCGGCAUGAUGGCCUGUGCAAGCGCUGGAGCUUGGGAGGCAACCUUGGAGAUGUUGGAAUCUGCGGGCGUUGAAUCACCGAAGGACGUCUCGCGGGACCUCAUGUGCUAUGGAGUCGCUUUGUACGCCUGCAUGGAGUCAGGGCGAUGGCCCUUAUGCUUGGCACUGCUGGAAAGGAUGCGCAGGGAGGAGGUGGACGCGGAUGCAGUUGCCUUCGCCUGUGCUGCUCAAGCCUGUCGUGACGGCAGGAAUAGUGACGCGGCGAACGAGAUCAUCAGCGAGAUGCGCUUGAAGAAGAUGAACACCAACGUGGCGGAGGUCUUGAAUGAGGCCACGCUGUCGGUGGAUUUCCCAGAGGUACGAAGCCCUGUACCUUUGGGCGCUCUGAGGCCGAUGGCGCCAAAGGAGGUGAACCUUUACAAAUGGAUCAGGCAGCGUGCAACGCCGGGAGACGUGGCAUCGGUCAUUCAGGUGAUCGAAGAGUUUGCCGAGGAGCGUAGCUGGUUGAAGAUCCAAGGAGAACAGAAGAAGGAACUCUUGGAGGCCAGUCUCAGAGCAGAGGACCGUGUGGUGGAGUUUGGGUGCUACGUGGGCUAUUCUUCCAUGGUGAUGGCCAAGAAGCUGCGUGAGCUCGGGGGUGGCAGCGUCACGACCUGUGAAGUGGAUGCAGCCAAUGCCUAUGUGGCACGUGGAGUGCUCCAGUUUGCUGGUGUGGAGGGUGAGGUCCAGGUCCGUGUUGGGUGCGCCUGUGACUGGGUGGCCACUGGGCAGCUGGGCACCAUCGAUUUCCUGCUGCUCGAUCACAGAGGGACCAUCUACCAUGAUGACCUUCACGCGGCGGAGACGAGCCUCUCCGAAAAAGCCUUAGUCUUUGCGGACAACGUCUUGUAUCCGGGAGCGCCGUUGUUCUUGAACUACAUUGACGUCCAGGGAUAUAAGAUUGAGAUCCACGAGCUCAAGGAGUUCAAGAGACCGGAUUUGGAUGAUUGGGUGGUCAUUUGCCGACCACCUCCCCUGGCGGAGCGGCGAGAAAUGCCAGAGUCCACCCCUGCGGAGCUGCGGCGCUUGUCCGCCGAGGUGGAUGCCAUCUCUUGGCGAAGUCAGGAACAGUCCGUAGAUUGGGUGGCCUUUCAGACGCGCUUGAAGCCAAUUUUCUAUCAAUGGAAAGAGGAAAGAGGCCUUUGAUUAAAAAAAA